UUAUCUCAAUAAAUAAAUGCUAAACUCGCCACGCAACGGUUGCAAGCCCGUCGCUGUAUUGUUGUCUUUCUAAUCGAUUCUCUUGUUUGCACCUCCAAAUCCAUAGCAACGCAAUAUUGACUGUGUGGACACAGUAUGUAACUCGGUGCUUCUUGAACUAAUACCUCAGCAAAACAAUGGAAGAAGAUAAGGCCAGCGAGGAAGCUGAAAAUUGGAAAGUAUACGAAGCGUUGUGCAGCAAAAGUCCAACCGAGAUGGAGGCGGACGUUGGUAACGAUAUAAUAACCAGUCUAAGGAGUGAUCUCGCCGGGCUCCAAUAUAAGCGGGAUAAGCUGAUAUCUGAAAACAGUGAUUUAAAAAACCAAAUGUUAUCCCGAGAUCAGAGAAUACUUGAACAGCAAGUGGAAAUCGACCAUCUCCGUGAACAGAAUGCUCGCCAAAAUGCCAUCAUAUCGUCUCUUAGAAAGAAGAUUCAAGAUCUUGAAGAGAUCCAACGGAAUCUCCAAACAUCCCAGGGGCGCAGUGAAAUCACAGUUCAAACACUACAAAGAGACAACCGCUACUGUGAAGAAAAGAUUAAAGAUUUGGAAAAGAAAUUGCGUUCUCUUGAAUUAGAAUGUCACAGCGAAGAACAACAAAAGGAAAAUGCUCGUUGCCAGUUUCACGAUCUCAUACGACGAAUGUCUGCGGCUUUGGAAUCUGACUUUUGUGACACCGCGCACACACAUUCCCCGGAAAGUUUGAUUAUAAAAGCGGCUGAACUUGUUCAAGAAAUAACUCGACUGAAAAACAGAUGUCUGAAUACGACAGAAAACUUAUCAACCGUCGAACAAGAUCUGAGGAGUUGUAGAGAUGCUCUAGAGAGGGCUAACAAUGAUAAGGAUAUAAUGCAGAGACAAAUAUCAGGCCAACUUCUAGAUAUCGAGAGACUCAAACAAGAAAAAGAGUCUCUUUGUGUACAAAACAGAGUUAUCGAACGGGAACUGCACGAAGCAAGAGAAAAACUGUCACAUUGUUCCAAAAACUUAAAUGUCGUUACUGAUAAUGUUAACCAAAAUGAAUCUAUAAUAAUUCAACUAAAAGAGGAUUUACGACAUCGAGAUGAAAAAUAUCAAAGACUUCACGCAGAAUACCGCAACACGAUGGAGUCAUUGGCUAUACUGCUGAGUUUGCCGACGCGAUUUGUAGAAGCUCAUGAAAGUACCAUAAAGGACCGAAUUCGCGAGAUAUUAAGUGAUAAUAAAGACAAAUCUGUACAAAUAGACGCGUUGCGCGACAAGCUGGGAAUGGAGUCCCAACAGUUGGGCAGGACGGCACACUUGCAUGACCAAGCCACUACGCGAGUACGUAUCCUGGAAGACGAGAGGAACAUGCUCGAAGCUAAAGUGCACAAACUCGAAUCUGAACUCAACGCCCAGGAACUGUCCAGAGAGAAUUUACGCAAAGAUAAGGCCAAUUUCGUUGCAUUCCUAGAACGUCUAAGCCGAACACUUAAUAUGGAUGAGUUAACCCAAGACAUUGGCAUAGAAUUGCACACGGAAUCUAUUAUACAUCGUGCCGAGCAGUUGGCGAGGCUUGAGAGCGAUAAAAUUGUUGACAAGAUGCUAUAUUACGGAUACUAUGGUACGCUGCCCAGACUGCGCAGAGAAAGAUCAUUCCAUGACUUGCCAUAUCUUAAAGAAACCGCUGUAGUCUACCAGUUGCAAAGACGAAUAAGGAUUUUGAGAGAACAGCUACAGAGAAAAGAUCUUCAUUUAGAUUUGCUACGACGGAAACUUAGUGUUCAAGAUGAGAGCUGUCGUGUCCGCGCGGUGCUGCAGGCGGAGCGCGACGAGGCGGCGGCUCGCAACAAGAAGCUCGCGCGCCAGUGUGACAAGCUGCAGGUGCAGCUCAGCGACGCGCGCGCGCAGAUACGAGAUCUCAACGCGCAGCUCGUCGACGCCGCUGAAUAUAAGAUAACAUCUCUGGAGCGCGCUCGCAAGGUAGAAGAGCUACAGAAGAAGUUGGAGGAGGCGGAGUUACUGCGCGUGCGGUACAGCCGCAAGGUGAACGUGCUGAAGGAGCAGGUGCGCUCCACGGGCGAGACGGUCGAGCAGGAGCGCUCCUCCAGCGACCACCAGAUCAGCGUGCUGCGCGACGACCUCGCGCGCACCAAGGAGGCGCUCGCCGACUGCCAGCGCAGGGAGGCACAGCUCACUAGCUUCAGGAACUCGAUAGCGAAGUUGCUAGGCAUCCUAGUUCCCGUGUCGGUGUCGGACUUCGAGAUGGUGUCGCGGCUGCAGAAGCUGAUCGACGCGCACCACGACUUCACGGUGGUGUCGCGGCGGUACGACGACCCCGCGCUGCUGCGCGCCUCCUCGCGCUCGCCGCCGCCCUCGCGCUGCAGGACUCGCACUCCUGACAGGUCACUUCGUUAUGACGACUCAGGGUAUGCGGAUCCCGCGUUUGAACUGGACGACGAUAUAUACAAGGCGCGAGCUGGCUUGUGACACGCGAGGCGCCGCGCUCGCUUUUAGACCUGACGCACUAAGUUCCCAACUAAACAACACCAACCUACCGCUGGUCACAGACGACAAUAUAUUUUUGCUAGUAGCUAAAACUAAACCGACAACAAAUUAAAAUUUAUAGUGAUCGUUCUCCGAAUUAUAAUAAAAACCCGAUACUUAAUGAUCGACGUCUUAAUUUAAAGUUCCUAUGAAUUGCAUACGUAGUCUUAAAUUCUACUGCGCUGCAGUUGUAGGCAUUAAUCUCAGUCUGCAAUGUUACGUAGCCGUUACUUGCGUGAGUUUAUUGUCGUGUGUUGUAAGUGGUCAUACUGUUCUACUAUACAUUGGUUCAUUAAAACAAACAACGUCUGCUGGCCCACCAGAAUUUAGAACGCGAAAUUGAAUGAGUCUUUCAAAAUUCUUCUGAAACUACAUUUCUAUGUACUGAGACUAAUCGCAACAUGAAGGUGGUGAAACAAUUCCUUAUCCAUUACUUAUUCAUUGUCUGUUACGAUGAAUGUUAAGAGGCCAGCGACGUUAAUGUGAAGAAGGCAUUAUGUGUAUCAAAACUUGUAACAGUAAUAAUUAUAUUUUUGGUAGUGGUAGGUUAUUAGCAAUCAUGCUAUUAUAGUUUGGUAGUAAAAGCUAGAUCAGCUAGGCACAAUAAUUUAAGAAACUUGAUAACCGGGUGGACUUCUUACUGUUACAAGUUCCAUAAUAUUCCGAAUUCCUUUGGUAUUCUAUAAGAAAAUCUGAAAAGAAUUGUAUCCAGGUCAGUAAUAGCGAGCUAACAGCGGUUAGCAAUAUCUUUCAUCGAAGAAACGUCGUGUGUAAAUCAUGGAUGAAUACUAUUGAGUAUUCUUACUAAGUC